AUGAAUUUGCAACUGGAACUCGCACUUUCGAGCAAUUUAGAUGAAGGGUUCGACCUUAAUGAUCGCAACGAGGAACGACAAGAAGAAAAUAGCAGAUUAAUGAAGAGAAAACGAAGUUUUGAUGAAACUUUUGAGGAAAUCAAGAGUGUACAAGUCCCUCAAACGUUGUCAUUGUUGGACCAUAUUGAUCUUUGUGAUGAGGAAGAUCGGGUUGUGGGCUGGCCACCCAUUAACUCUUGGAGGAAGAAGAUUUGCCACCACCACCAGAACCGUCGUGGCCGCAACACCAUCAUGAACUAUGUGACGGUCGAGAACGGUGGCCGUGACGGCGGUGAAAGAAGUGGAGGAAGAUCCAAUUUCACGUAUGUUAAAGUGAAGAUGGAAGGAGUUGGGAUAGCAAGAAAGGUAGACUUAAGUCGUCACCAUUCGUACCAAACACUGAUUGAGACCUUGAUGGCCAUGUUCGACAAUGAAAAAGUGCAGGGCUACAAGCUUACAUAUCAAGAUAAAGAAGGUGAUUGGCUGCUUGCUGGAGAUAUGCCUUGGGAAACUUUUAUCAAUUCGGUGCAGCGUCUAAAAUUGUUGAGGAACGGCCACUGA